CGACUUCUUCUUGCCUCAGCACCAGAAUCGAGAUCGCAAGCCCGCUGCCCUGGACCAGCAGCUUCGCAGGAGCAGUGUCACUCCCAAUCGGACGACCAGGGUACUGAAGGAAGACGACAACUACCUGGGCCACCUUUCAUCCUUGAAGUCGUGCACUAUGCUGACCUGGGAUCCGCGAUCCUUCCUGCUCGCGGGAACGGAGAUGGCCCCGCCCGUCUCGUCAGGGCCAGAUGCAUCAACCUCUCAAUAUGCUCUCAUCUUGCUCAAUCAGCCGAUCGUACAACAUCAGCGUCGCCUCUUCUCGCGGCUUUGGAGAAAUGCCACCCUACGCGUAUGCGCAGACGGCGGUGCCAAUCGACUUCGCAAAGCCUUUCACUCCCACUCUUCCUCUUCUUCUCCUUCUUCCUCGUCAACUGACUCUGUCCCUCUCCCCCACGUAAUCGUCGGCGAUCUAGACUCCCUCACCCCCUCAACGCGCUCCUUUUACUCGUCAAGAGGUGUAGAAAUCUCCGAGAGACCAAGCCAGUAUGCCACUGAUUUGCAGAAAGCAAUACAGUACGUCGAGGACUGGGAGCACGAAGAAUGGGAGGCUCGGAGAUCAGAACUUCAAGCUCAGGGUGGACAGGAGGGGAAGCCGGAGGGGCCGACGUCGCUAACCCUAGUCAUCUUCGGCGGCCUCUCGGGUCGACUCGAUCAGACGGUCCAUACGUUGCACGUUCUCUGGCAGCUCGCGCCGGGGUGUGAUUCUCAUGGAGGGUAUGAGGAUCCAGAUGAGGUUGAAGCGGUGGGCACCGGCAAUGGCAAUGAGCAGGGCCAGCGCCCUCGCGGUGGUCGGCCAGAGAAGCGACAGCAUAGCUAUGUUGUGGGGGAUGGGAGCCUCGUUUGGCUCUUGGCCGAGGGCAGCCACAAGCUGGUGUUGCCAGUCAUCGGGCCUGCUGCUCCUGAGACGAGCGCACCAGGGAAGCGCAAGCGCAGUCUCACUGCCCCGCUUUUAGGCAAAGCCUGUGGUGUCCUCCCGCUUGGUGUUGAGGGUGGGGCCCAGAGCAAGGGGGCGGCACGAGUCAGCACAAAGGGACUGCAGUGGGAUCUUUCCGCAGAGGAUCCGCAGAGUAUAGGUGGAUUCCUCUCGACGUCCAACUAUCUGCUGCCGCCGCGAGAAGAUGGAGAGGAGGGAGUAAGCAUGGUUGAGCUCACGACGGACAAGCCGAUCUACUGGAGUGUGGAGAUUGCGGAGGAAGAGGAGGUGGAGGAGGGGGAUGAUGGAGAGGGCGAAGGAAAGUGAGAUGGGGGCUGAGGAGACGUCGGGCGUUACUGACAGAUUAUUGUAGAUGAUGAAACAAUCUUGCUAGAUGCAUUA